AUGGCAGAGCGGAGAAUGUUACUGAGAUUACGAUCUGGCACUGAGGAGCUGGCUUCAGAGGUUUGGGACGAGCAUGGCCUAAGGAAGUGCCUAAACCUCACCGCCCUCAACAAACACGGACGAGUCUAUGAUGAUGCCCACUUUAGCUGUCUGUCUUGGUCGCGAUGUGAGAACAAAUUGUUGUACAUUGCUGAGAAAAAAAACGAAUCGCCCAACACCUCAUCUGGGAAUGUGAAGGACCGCAGUGUGUACCAGGAGGACUGGGGCGAGGCGCUGUCCCAUAGAAGUGUUCCGGUUCUGUGCUGUGUGGAUCUGAGGAGUGGCUGUCUGUCUGUGCCCUCUGGAGUUCCAGCGGACGUCUCACCAGGACAGGCCGUGUGGUCUCUGGACGGGGAGAGUAUUUUCUUUGUUGGCUGGUAUCAUGAGCCCUUCAGACUGGGACUCAAGUUCUGCACCAACCGCAGGUCUGCAUUGUUGCGGAUCGAUUUGGAAGGAAACUGUGAGCGUCUGUCGGAGGAGAACGUGUCCGUGUUGAGUCCUCGUCUCAGUCCUGAUGGAUCUGCUUUAGUUUUCCUUCAGGGGAAAGUGUUUGGUCCUCACGCCCAGUGCCUCAAGCUGCAGAUGCUCGAUUUAAAAAGUAAAUCCAUCUCCACCCUCAUCGAUGUCGUCCACAGAGCACAGGAUGGAGGAGACACUGGGGGAUUUUCUGGAGUUUACGAGUCGCUGCCGUCGAGCUGUUGGUCUGAGGACAGUCAGAGAGUGGUCUUCAGCAGCGCUCACAAGAACUGGAAGGACAUAUUUGUGGUGGACAGGCGAACCCGGAGUGUGUCCUGUGUGUCUAACGCUCAGAGGGUGUUUGGCUCCUGGAGGCUCCUGACCGUUCACAGAGACCUGAUGGUGGUCUGCUGCUCCAGCCCCAACACUCCACCCACACUGAGAGUAGGACUCCUGCCCCCCAGUGGACAGAAUGUGUCAUGGAAAACUCUGCAGUCUCCUCUGAGCACGUUUGACUUCUCCUGGACAGUGAUGGACGUCCGGCCUUCACCUGAAGAGGACAAUGCUAAAUACACCAGCCUUGAUUUUGGUGCCAUUUUGGUGAAACCGUCCAGUUUCACAACCAAACUGCCUCUCGUCGUCUUCAUUCACGGAGGUCCUCACUCUCAGUUCCCCGCUGAGUGGAACAUUACCACAGCUGGUUUGGUCCAGUUAGGACUGGCUGUCUUAAUGGUGAACUACAGAGGGUCCACUGGGUUCGGUCAGGACAGCAUCUUAUCUCUGAUUGGACAAAUAGGUCAACAAGACGUCCAAGAUGUCCAGAGGGCCGUUCAGUGUGCGCUCCAGUCCGACACGUCUCUGGACCCUGAGCGGAUGGCGGUGUGUGGGGGGUCACACGGCGGGUUUCUGUCCUGUCACCUGAUUGGCCAGUUCCCAGAUAUGUACAGAGCAUGCGCAGUGAGAAACCCUGUGGUGAAUGCUGCCACUCUCCUGGGCACCAGCGACAUCAUUGACUGGAGAUACAGCAGCGUCGGUCUGGAUUUCUCCUAUGAGAAAAUACCAACGGCUGAAGCUCUGGCCGCCAUGUUGGAGAGGUCUCCCAUCACACACGCGCCAAAGAUGAGGAGUGCCCUGUUGUUGAUGCUCGGGGGCAGAGAUCGCAGAGUGUCUCCGCACCAGGGCCUGGAGCUGUACAGAGCUCUGAAGAGCCGUGGGAGGACGGUCAGGCUGCUGUGGUUCCCUGAAGACGGCCACUCUCUGUCCCGGGUGGACAGUCAAACUGACUGCUUCGUCAACACUGUUCUGUGGCUGCAGGAGCAUCUCUGA